UAAAUAAAGGUGUUGAUGAUUCUGUUUUUGUUUUUGCAGGGGCAUCUCUCUGAAGGUUUGGUCACAAAGUGGUACAGAUCACCUCGCCUCCUUCUCUCUCCAAACAACUACACCAAAGCCAUCGACAUGUGGGCGGCUGGCUGCAUAUUCGCUGAAAUGCUCACCGGAAAAACCCUCUUCGCAGGGGCCCAUGAGCUGGAGCAGAUGCAGCUGAUCCUGGAGUCGAUCCCGGUGCUGAGGGAGGAGGACCGUCAGGAGUUGCACAGUGUGAUCCCUGUGUUCAUCCGGAACGACAUGUCCACGCCCCAUAACCCUCUGAAGACUCUGCUGCCCGAAGUCAGCCCCCAAGCGCUGGAUUUCCUGGAGAAAAUCUUGACCUUUAACCCCAUGGACCGUCUGACCGCGGAGGAGGCUCUGGCCCACCCGUACAUGUCUGACUACUCCUUCCCGCUGGACGAGCCCAUCUCGCUGCACCCCUUCCACAUCGAGGACGAGGUUGAUGACAUCCUGCUCAUGGACCAGAGCCACAGCCACACAUGGGACAGGUAUCAUGAUAGUCAGUUAUCUGAGGCUGACUGGAACCUGCGUAGCACCCACGACCCUGAAGAGGUGCAGGUGGAUCCCAGAGGGCUGUCUGAUGUCACAGACGAGGAGGAGGUCCAGGUGGACCCUCGUAAAUACACUGACAGUGAGCGGGAGAAGUUCCUGGACGAGCCGUCCUUUGAUUACUCCAUGUUCUCAGCUGAACGCUCGUGGUCUGACGAACACCAUGAGAACAAGUACUGUGACCUGCAGUGCAGCCACACCUGCAACUACAAGGCCGUGUCCCCCUCCUACCUGGACAACCUGGUGUGGAGGGACAGUGAGGUCAACCACUACUACGAACCCAAACUCAUCAUGGACCUAUCCAACUGGAAGGAGCAGAGCAAAGAGAAGACCAAGUCCAAGACCAAGUGUGAGAAGAACGGUCUGGUGAAAAUGGCUCUGCAGCAGCAGAGUGUCUCUGAGAAGGAUCGUGAGCAGGAGAAGCACCAAGCCCCACAAAACCAGGGCUUUGACUUUGACUCAUUCAUCGCCAGCACCAUCAAACUCAGCCUGCAGCCUGAGCCCUGUCCAGAGGUGGCGCUGCUGAGCCAGGUGGGUCUCCUGAAUGAGCUGAACACCUCUGUGUCUCAGCUGGAGGCUCCUCGCUCCGGAUCCAUGUCCAAGUCCAUCAGUCAGGAGAAGGAGGAGAAGUGCCUGGUGAACCUGGCCCAGCUCGGUGACGCCGUGUGGCCCGCCUUCGGCUGUGGUGAGCCGGUGGACCACAGGUCGGAGGGAGGCUACACCAGUUACCUGGACCAGCUGUUUGGGCGAAAGGAGGAGUGUCCCGCAGAGACUCUGGCCUGCUCUGACGCAGAGCUGCAUGAGGAGGCCUUCCUGGGCUGUGGGACGGAGAUCGUCCUGAACAUGCAGCUGGACUCUCUGGCUGAAGACCUCCCCCUCAAGUCCAUCCAGGCCUCUCUGUCCCCCUGCACCGUCAAGUGCUCGCCUCAAAUCGCCCAUAAAACCUACAGCAGCAUCUUCAAACACCUGAAUUAAGCAGAAGUCCUCCUCACAGUGCAACAGCUAGGCAAUUUUAUAAGAAAUAGUAUAUAAUUGUACUUGAAUCAUUUCAUACCUUUUUUAUUAUGGUUCUUUUAUUUUGCCUUUUACGAGAGGCGUGUUGUUUAGACCAUCACUGAGCCUUGUACACCUCCAUGUUUAUGUCCACACCCUCAUCGCUACAGCGCCAUGUCGCUUGCACAUUCAGUACUGUAUCAGAGGAGGGAGAGAGCGCGAAGGAGACGAAGGACAUUUGUGGACUCUUUUCGAGAUGUCGUUGUGCAGUUUGGGUGGGACAUAAAGGAGGAGGUGGUGCCAACAGUUAUUAGGCUUUUAAACAUCUUGGAACAUCCUGCAAACUGGGGUCUUUUUUUAUUAGUUUUUAUCUUGAUUUAACAUUAUUUCCCCAAAGAAGGCUUCCUUAAAACCCUUUCAUACUGUAAAUCUUUCACAUGAUGCCAGCAGCACCAUUCUAUCGUAGGCGUUAAUGUAAAAAUGUGUUAUCUACCUCAAGGUAACAGCCGUGCGAGACACUCUAGAGCCAAACUAGUGCUUUACGACCAUCCUCAUACCAUGAAAUGAAGAGGUCUCGUCAAUGAAAUCUGUCAAGCAUUUAACAUAGUGAGGUGUUUCAAGAAUCAUUAUUUAUUUCUAGCAAGAUUUGCGAUAUUUAUUUUAUCAAAAGGUGUUAUUUCAAUGUGGUUAUUGAAGAUCUGAGAGGCGUUCGCGGAGAAAGACUUCCAUGUUCAUUUCGGCACUAUAUAGGCGUGGUAGUGUUUUGUUUUUAUGCUAGGAAACAACUUGAUCUAUGUUCGAAAAAAAAGUUCAAAUGGCUUUUUAUUUCAUUUUCCAUCGAUAUUGUCCAAACGGAUAUCAUUCUUUGUUAAUUUUUUAUUUUAUAUUUUAAGGUGCGUUCUGUCUUUUGUGGAAAACCUGCUUUAUCGUUAAAAAAGAAGGCGCCUAAAGUCUUAAUUUUUUUAUCUAAAUGUUCUGUACAAACGUGUGCAUGGAGGCAACAGAAAGGUACAUUCAAAGUCAAUGGUGAGUAUAAAACGUGCAUCAGUUUUAAUUGUAUGUUUUUUGUUUUUUAUGUCCUUUUCGAAGAGCAAAGCAUGAUGAAUUAGGUUAAAGGUGUAGCAUGUAGAACACUGCAGACUUCUUUUGUAAUCAUUGGUUACCCUGUUCUACAAAAUAUCAAAAUAAAAUUACUGGCAAAGAG